AUGGAGCUCUUGAAGGAAGAAUCGGGAGCAGCGAAGCCUGCCGCUUCAUCCGCGGCUGCUCCCUCUUCUCCUCCUCCGCCGUCCGCGAAAGGCGUCGUCGCGUCGCUAGUGCACGCAUUCGAGGUCCACACGCAACAUCAACAUCAACAUCAACACCCGCAUCUCGCGUUUCAAUCUGGCCCUCACGGGUCCGCUGAUGGCGACGAGCCCGUUCAGGAGCGACAUCGCCGGCGACAAUCCACAUGUCGCGAAUCCGAAGACCAGCCGUUCCCGAAGCGCGCGAAGCUGGGCGACGUGGAUGAAGAUUUUGCUGAACGUGCUGCUGCUGCCGAGCGUACGUCUUCACCACCGCAUGCUGCUGCCGAGGGCCGUAAAAUCUCCUCACCAACGCGUAUUGCUGAUGAGGGACCUCAACUUGCGUCACCACGGUAUGCUGACUCUGACGCCCUAGCAAUUAAUCCACGCUCAUUAGGCGACGAGCUGGCGCCUCGUGGUAGUGCGGACGGUGCAUCUGUCGCGAACGAUGAACUUCGUAUUACCAUGAAUGGCGCGAGUGGUGCAAUUCGUGAUGCUGCUGCUGAUGAUGCGUCCGCGGCGGGGGGUAUCGACGAGCUGUGGCGGAAGGCAGAGCUGCGCGCGGUGACGGCGGAGGUGGCGGAAAGCGACGCGCGGAUGAAAGCGCUGGAGGCGGAGCGGGAUGCACUGGAAAUGAGGGUUGCGCGCGCCAGCGAAAGAUGCAGGAAGGCUGAGGCGUCAGUUCAACAAGCGACGUCAGCGGUGCACUUGGCGCGGCAUGCGCAGUACUCCCUGCGGGCGGCAGAAUGGGCGGCAGCAGUGGGAGGCCGGAAUCAGUAA